AGAGAGAGUCCAUCAAUCCCCACCUACGACCACUCCCACCAAAAACCCAACUUUCCAUUCCGCCAACUCUUAAAAGAGAGUUAGAGAGAGAGAGAGAGAAAGUGAGACAACUCUUAAAAGAGAGUUUGAGAGAGAAAGAGAGAGAGAAAUAGCGAGAUGGCCCAAGUGAGCAAAAUCUGUAGCAAUGGAGCUCAAAGCACCAAUCUUUUGCCCAAUAUUUCCAGACCCCAAAUACCCAAAUCUUCAAAUUUACUCUCGUUGAAGUCACAGUUUUCGGGAUCCUCAAAUUCUCUGAGUUUGAAGCUGAAAAAUGGGUUUGUGAGUACUUGUACGGUCGACAAAGUCAGGGUUGGUCCGCUUAGAGUUUCAGCUUCAGUUGCCACAACAGAGAAGCCGUCGACAGUUCCAGAGAUUGUGUUGCAGCCCAUCAAAGAAAUCUCGGGCACCAUAAAGUUGCCGGGUUCCAAGUCGUUGUCUAAUCGGAUUCUGCUUAUUGCUGCUCUAUCUGAGGGAAAAACUGUUGUAGACAACUUGUUAGAUAGUGAUGAUAUUCAUUAUAUGCUUGGUGCAUUGAAAACCCUUGGGCUCAAUGUGGAAGAGGACAAGGCAAACAAGCAAGCAGUUGUGGAGGGUUGUGGUGGUCAGUUUCCUUUGGGUAAUGAAUCAGGAGAUGAGGUGCAACUUUUCCUUGGAAAUGCUGGUACAGCAAUGAGGCCAUUGACGGCUGCAGUUGUUGCUGCUGGUGGACAUUCUAGGUAUGUGCUUGAUGGGGUGCCCCGAAUGAGGGAGAGACCAAUUGGAGAUUUGGUUGCUGGUCUUAAGCAGCUUGGUGCAGAUGUUGAUUGUUUUCUCGGAACAAACUGCCCUCCUGUCCGUGUAAUUGGAAAGGGAGGCCUUCCAGGGGGAAAGGUGAAGCUCUCUGGAUCAAUUAGUAGUCAAUACUUGACUGCUUUGCUUAUGGCAGCGCCUUUGGCUCUUGGAGAUGUUGAAGUUGAGAUCAUUGAUAAACUGAUUUCCAUUCCUUAUGUGGAGAUGACUUUGAAGUUGAUGAAACGAUUUGGAGUCACAGUGGAACACAGUGAUAGCUGGGAUCGGUUUUUUAUCCGAGGAGGUCAAAAGUACAAGUCACCUGGAAAUGCUUUUGUAGAAGGCGAUGCUUCAAGUGCAAGUUACUUUCUAGCAGGUGCUGCAGUCACGGGUGGGACAGUCACAGUUGAAGGCUGCGGAACAAGCAGUUUACAGGGAGAUGUAAAAUUUGCUGAGGUUCUUGAAAAGAUGGGUGCUAAAGUUACCUGGAGAGAGAAUAGUGUCACUGUUACAGGACCACAACGAAAUUCUUCCAGAAAACACUUGAAAGCUGUUGAUGUCAACAUGAACAAAAUGCCAGAUGUUGCGAUGACUCUUGCUGUAGUUGCUCUUUUUGCCGAUGGUCCAACUGCCAUAAGAGAUGUGGCAAGCUGGAGAGUGAAGGAGACAGAAAGGAUGAUUGCCAUUUGCACUGAACUCAGAAAGCUGGGAGCAACUGUCGAAGAAGGACCAGAUUACUGUGUAAUCACACCGCCAGAAAGAUUAAAUGUGACAGCAAUUGACACCUAUGAUGACCACAGAAUGGCCAUGGCUUUCUCUCUUGCUGCAUGUGGAGACGUUCCAGUCACUAUCAAUGAUCCAGGUUGUACCAGAAAAACAUUCCCUGAUUACUUUGAAGUCCUUGGGAAGUUUACCAAGCAUUGAACAGCUACUCAAAGUACUUCUAUGUAGAUAGGGAGAGAGAGAGAGAGAGAGGAAUCAUCCUUGUGCCUCUACAACCAAGCAAGUGCAGAUAGAAGCCACCCUUUUUUAUUCUCUUUGUUGCCUUGUAAUUUUGGAUGAUUAUAUUUGCAAGUUGAGCGCACUAUUGUUUCAAAUAUUGUGAUCUUAUUCUACUCAAUAAUAGUGCAUUAGUGAUUUGGUUC